UUCAUUUCUGUCUUGUUUCCUACAGUCAUGGCUACCAUCCACCAGCAGACCACCGAGGUGGUGACAGUCACCAGGGCUUUUCAAAACUCUAGCCAAUGGAGCACCGACCUCUGUGACUGCUGCUCUGAUAUGGACACCUGUUGCUGCGGCUUUUGGUGCUUCCCCUGCAUGCAGUGCAUGACAGUUAGUAAACAUGGAUGGUGCUGCUGCGCAUCACUCCUGGAUAUUUGCGGCGUGGUGUCCUGCUUACUCCGCCAGUCCAUCAGAGAGCAACACAACAUCGAAGGUUCUGGCUGUGAGGACUGGUGCACAGUACUUUUCUGUUACCCCUGUGCCUGGUGCCAGAUGCAUCGUGAGCAGAAGAUCAGGGAGAACCAGCCCGCCAGCGCAACUGUGAUCACCACACAGGUCAUUCGUGGAUAUGCAAGGAACCAGCAACAGCAGAACACAAUCGGGAUUGAGCAAAAGACAAUGUUGCACCAUUUGGCGCUGCAGUCUUGGAGCUGUGCACACGCUCAGUGCCAUGAAUGCAGACAUGAUUCAGUAACUGAGGAUGCACAUGGGAGUAAAGGACUCUUCUUGACAUACAUCAGUUUUGGAAGCUAUCAGGAACAAGAACAAAAGAAAAUAGUGUCACUGAAUCGGCUUAAAGAAACAAGCAUGCUAAAAAUUCAAUUUAAAAAACCCUGAAGACUUUAUGCAUGUGUCAAAAUAGUAAGCAAAUGAAAGUGUAUUAUGUGAAAGUUUUAAAUAGAUUGUAACAGACUGACCUGUUUGUGUGUCUGACCGGACACAUUUGAAGAUACAGAAAAGGACUGUCGCAAGAACAUGAGCACAGAGAUUGUGGCCGUGUGGUCAUGAUAUUGUUUCAACUUCCUGUUACAGUGUUUCACGUUACUACUUGUUCUCUUUUUGCCUUACCUUCCCAUUACAGUUAUAUCAUUUGAUCAUUAGUAAGUACAGCCACUUACUCUUUUAAAUAAUUCUUUAUUUGAAAAAUUGCAAAUAUAUUUUCCUUGCUUCAGUUUUUUAAGAAACUGUAAGCUGUUUUCUUCUAGUAUUAGUUUAAGGUUUUAAACGUAGUUUAGGUUUCAGGUUCCUAAAGAACUGUUUGCGUCACAGAUCAGUGCAAAAACGUGGCCAACCACCAACAAUGUCUCUGUCAAGGAAAAACAGUAGGUCAUGGUUCUUCUUUUCUCAUAAAUUUACUAUCAGCAGAAGACGUUGCAGACACAACAGCUUCUGUAAAUACAAACACACUUUUGACAGGCUUUUGUUUUAAGAUAACAACACUUCCUCUCAAUUGCCCUAACCCACUCGGACCUCUACCUCAAGAAUUUAAUGCCACGUGUUUCUCAGCAGCGCAAAGUUUGCUUUUAUAAAAUGCAUCUCCUGCUUUUAUUGUGAAAAUUGUCAUUUCAUAUUAUUCAGGAAGCAGGCUGGAAAAGACGGCAUCAGCCAAUAAAAGGACAGGAAAUAUUGAUAUAAUGUUUCAUUCGUUUUUAUUUAAAGACAAUAAAUUAAUAUGUAGAUACAUUUUUAGUCUGUGCAAAAGACUUGAGCCACCCCUCAUGUUUAAAAAACUUUUCCCGAGGAGCCAGACUUUUAAUUGUAAUUUUUAA